UUGCAGCCUGCCAAUGGAGUAGGUCUCGCCAUGCCCAGCUUUACCGCGAGAGAGGUAGCUGGACACAGCAGUGAAGACAGUCUCUGGGUCAUCAUCGACUCCUACGUCUACGAUGUCACCGCCUUCCACUCCAUGCACCCCGGGGGGUCCCAGCUGCUGCUCAAACACGGAGGCCAAGAUGCGUCGCAGCCUGCUCAGAUGGCCCAUGGAAACAGCCGGAAGGCAAAGAGCCUGAUGGGCCAGUACUGCAUCGGCACCCUCGCCCCCAGCACCCCCGGGUCCACGCGGAAAGUGGUCGCACUGGAGGAUAUGGGCCUUCCCGUCGAUCCGCCGGUAACUGGCGGAACGCAGCCGCGGCGUGGGCUUGUUGCCUUGGACGACCUCGGGGACGACGACGGCCCAGAGGCCUUGCCGACCCCGGUGCCCACUGCUGCCCGAAAGGUGGUUGCGCUGGAAGACUUGGGCGAAGGUCGCUCUGGCCCAGUGGCCUUGGAGAAUCUCGGGGGACCUGCCAAGCAGGUGGUGCCUCUUGAGGAGCUGGGGGACUCCCGAAAGGUGGUGACCCUCGAGAGCCUCGGCAACGUGGACUCGGAGGCUCCGCCGCCCGCGGUGAAGCGGAGCAUGCGGAGACGGGCGACCAAGGAGACGAAAGAGCUCACGGAGGAGAAGGUGCCGCAAGAAAAGACCGAGCACGAGCAGCUGAUUGAGCAGUUAGAGGAGGAUGAGCUCGAGGACGAGGUCAAGGAGCACGUUCGGAUUUUACUUUCCAGCUGGGCACUGGCCAACAAGCAGGAGCAGGAGGCGGUCAUGAAAACCGAGGGCGAGGAGGAGGAUGAGGAUGACUGGCCGCUGACGACCAUGCAGAUCGAAGAGAAGAAGAAGAGCAGAUGGGCCAGGAUGAAGGGCGGCAUGAAGGUGCCCAAGAUGCACCUCGCCAGCUUCGAGGGCUGGAAGCGGGGCUCCGGCGAGAAGAAGACCGUGGAGGAGGCUGGCACAGUAGAGGAGGCGACCGAAGAGACGGUGCAGGCGUUGCUAGGCAGCAAGGUGCCCUCCACCUACGCGGAGAUGUUUGAAUUCAAUGCCACCGUCAUGGGCUUCGGGAAGCACAAGUGGCUACCGGAGGUGAACCGCUGCUUCGAUGACCUCGUGAAGAACUCCAUGAAGCUUAGCCGGCUUCAGGAGGAGUGCGAGGUGCUGGCCCUCCGGAUUUGCAAGGUAGUGGAUGGCGAGGUGACCCUCUCCAUGUACAAGUCCGCCAUGCUGGCGGCUCUUCGCUCCAUGCUGCCCAAGACAUGGGACCCGACCCAUGAGACGGCCUGGAACUGGCUGUGGGACAUUUGCGAUGCGAACCUGCGGCAGAUCCUCUACAAGCCCCGGGUGUGGCAGCCGGCCCUUUUGAACCUCAUGUCCAGGUUUACAGACGAGGAGAAGGAGGCCAUGAGGGACGAGGUCUAUGUACGUUUCUUUCAGGCAGCGCCCCAGGGCCAGGAUUACUUCAAGCAGUCCAACACACGGCUGCACUUCAUCGCCACUCGGGCCAUGGAUAUGACCUCGGAGCUGCUGGCGGACCCCUGGGAGAUGACUGAGCAGAUCUCUGCCUUGGGCUUGCGCCACGUGGGUUACGGCAUCCCCACCUUCCUGAUCGACCCCUUCGCCAACUGCUUCGUGGAGGUCCUCAGCGAAAAUGCUCCUGGGGAGGACUUGGCCAUCGAGGCGUUCCAGUGGUCGAUCGGAGUCGUGGCCAAGAUUCUGAUCCGCGUCAUCCAAGAAGGCUCCACCAUCGUCAUGAAGGCCAUCAACGCCAACAGCGCGCUGCAGCUCCGGAAAGCGGUGGCCUUGGCGCCGCGUAGCGAGCGCGCCCAGUGGCUGCUCAGGAUUCAGGUUGGCACUCAGAAGAUCUCCCCUUUGUCCUGGGCCAUUCAGAGCGGGUCCCUGGAGGCCACGGGGUCUGAUCCACCAAUGGGGCGGGGUUCCAGGUACUACUAUGGCCUGGAUGCGCUUUUCCAGGCGCACCCAGACAUCGUGGAGCGCCUUUGUGCUGACGCGCAGCAGCUGCUGGGGACCUUGUUGGACGGCCUGAUUUGGCGCUCGAAGCGCGCCAUCAACGGAGCAAGACGGGUGAACUCCUACGUGAAGCACAUGGUUGUCCGAGAUGGGAAGUUCGCGGGCGCCUUGAAUGCCAUUUGCUUGUCCCAGGACGUUAAGAUCAUCUCACAUCCAGUGGUGGUACUGAUUUCAGACACGCUCUGGGCCGGUGUGGUCCGGCGCCAAUUUAUUCUGUCCAAGGUGAGCUUCCUAUUCAGCCUGCUUGUCUUUAUGCUGAGCGAGGCGAUCUUGCCCAAGACAGAUUCUGGGGAUGAGCUGAAUAUGCGCAUCGCUGUCUUCACUGGCCGGCUCAUCAACUAUUGUUUUAGUAUGGCCCGGCUGAUGGUAUUUCACGGGCGCCGGUUUUACAAAGCGUACACGACAGGUUCUACUACCAAGGGGCGAUGCUGUCGUACACCUGAGUAUCUGAAAGACGAGGAUGCGAGAUUGGGCUUCUUCCUCAUGUUUUUGCUCAUGGCCAUGUGUGCCACUGAGCCCAUGUUUUAUUGCGCCCACGAGAUCCCCGCAACUGGGCCAUCUGAGAGGUGCGACAAUGCAAAGCCAGUGAUGCAGAUCUACAUUAUUUUCUCCAUGGCGGCCAUGGUGUUGCACUGGCUGCUGGUCAUCAACCUCUCGGUCUUCGCCACAAAGCUGGCAGCAUUCGUUCUGGUGAUCCGCGAAGUGCUCUCGGAGGUGGGCAAGUUUAUGGUGGCCAUUAUGUUCAUCCUCAUCACGUUCUCCAGUGCCAUUGCCACCCUGAGACAUGACGUGAAGGAACUGAGCACGCUGCCAAAGGCGGCCAACUGCUUGUUCGCCACCACAGUAGGCAUCUACGAAGGCGACUACCGGGAGAUGUUACACCAGCCCGCGCUGCUUGCCCCGGUGUUUCUCUUUAUCACGGUGUCAGCGAUUUUGCUGAUCAAUCUGCUGAUUGCUCAGCUGAACUGCUCCUACGACUACGUCUACGGCGACAUGCUGGGUUUCGCCCGGCUGGCGCGGGCCUCCUUGAUCGUGGACGCCAUGGUGGCGUGCCCGCCUGCGAGGUUCACCAAGUUCGUGUCUUCUUUGCGCUUCGACCAGCUCUUGGAGUUUGAUGAGGGUGACGUGGGCCUGGGCGGCGGCAUCCAGAUUCGGGAGCCCGCCAACUUGAACCCUACCUCAGAGGACAUCAUCCAGCGCUUCGGCGGCACCAGCUCCCCGCAGAUGCAGUGGCCAGAGGACGAGUUGGAGCAAGACCGCUUUGCACGGAUCAACAGCUUGCUGGCGCAGCUGAAGAAGGGCGGGAGCCGCAGCGCUCAAGGCUCGAGGUUCGAGCAGAGCGGAGCCAGUGGUGUUGGAACCAGUGGUCUUGGAGAGAGCGUGAUCAAAGAUGAUGAGUCCGGCAGCCAGUGACGCGAUUCGUUUCCCUUUUCAACGUGCUUGACCGAGCAAGACCAAGUCUGCGGCUGCACGUCUAAUUCGAAG